GCACGCGCACUGGGCCUGCUGGCCGCGUGGGGAGGGCCAACCUGGAUGACUAAACCCGAGAGAAACGCUGGUGGGCGGCUUGGGCGGGUGUCGGUGCCCGCGUAGGCCCUGCUUGCCCCGCAGCCACCACCCGCCCGGUGACCAUGAUAGUGUUCGUCAGGUUCAACUCCAGCCAUGGCUUCCCAGUGGAGGUGGAUUCUGACACCAGCAUCUUCCAGCUCAAGGAAGUGGUUGCUAAGCGACAGGGGGUUCCGGCUGACCAGCUGCGUGUGAUUUUUGCUGGGAAGGAGCUUCGGAAUGACCUGACAGUGCAGAGCUGUGACCUGGAACAGCAGAGCAUAGUUCACAUAGUGCAGAGACCGUGGAGAAAAAGUCGUGAGACAAACGCUUCUGGAGAGGACAAGCCCCACAACAUCUCAGGGGGCUCUGCCUGGGAGCCCAGAAGCUUGACGAGGGUGGACCUCAGCAGCCACAUCCUGCCGGCGAACUCCCUGGGGCUGGCGAUCAUUCUGGACACAAGCAGCAGCAGCGAUUCCGAAGCGGCCAGAGGUCCAGGUAAACCUACCUACAACAGCUUCUAUGUCUACUGCAAGGGCCCCUGCCACAAGGUCCAGCCUGGAAAGCUCCGAGUUCAGUGCGGCACCUGCAGACAAGCCACCCUGACCUUGGCCCAGGGUCCGUCCUGCUGGGAAGAUGUCUUAAUUCCAAACCAGAUGAGUGGCGAGUGCCAGUCUCCAGACUGUCCUGGAACCAGAGCAGAAUUUUUCUUUAAAUGCGGAGCACACCCAACCUCUGACAAGGAUACAUCUGUAGCCUUGAACCUGAUCACCACUAACAGCCGCAACAUCACCUGCAUAGCGUGCACAGAUGUCAGGAGCCCCGUCCUGGUCUUCCAGUGUAACCACCGCCACGUGAUCUGCUUGGACUGCUUCCACUUGUACUGUGUCACCAGACUCAACGACCGGCAGUUUGUCCAUGAUGCUCAGCUUGGCUACUCCCUGCCGUGUGUGGCUGGCUGUCCCAACUCCCUGAUUAAAGAGCUCCAUCACUUCCGGAUUCUUGGAGAAGAGCAGUACAACAGGUACCAGCAGUAUGGCGCAGAGGAGUGUGUACUGCAGAUGGGGGGCGUGCUGUGCCCCCGUCCUGGCUGCGGAGCUGGGCUGCUGCCUGAACAGGGCCAGAGGAAAGUCACCUGUGAAGGGGGCAACGGCCUGGGCUGCGGGUUCGUCUUCUGCAGGGACUGUAAGGAAGCUUACCACGAAGGUAAAUGUGACUCGCUGUUUGAAGCCUCGGGGGCCACCUCUCAGGCCUACCGAGUGGACAAAAGGGCUGCUGAGCAAGCUCGCUGGGAGGAGGCCUCCAAAGAAACCAUCAAGAAAACCACUAAGCCUUGUCCUCGCUGCAAUGUGCCAGUGGAAAAAAAUGGAGGCUGCAUGCACAUGAAGUGUCCGCAGCCACAGUGCAGGCUGGAAUGGUGCUGGAACUGCAGCUGUGAGUGGAACCGAGCCUGCAUGGGUGAUCACUGGUUCGACGUGUAGAAGGAUGUCACCCCGGCACUGGCCCUGGCCACAGCUUCUAACGGGAAAGAUGUCGACCCCUACCCUCUUAGCCAUUUUGUCUCCUCUAUGCAUACAAGCACAUGCAUACACACGCACAAACACAGGCUGCAAAUUACAGAUGCGACUACUAGAGCCUUUCCACGGAAACCAGCAGUGCCCGCCGGGCACCCAGCAAGAGGCUCUUUCAGGCUUCUGGCUUAUGCAAAUAUCAGAGCUGGGAAGAGAGCACAGCCCCUUGUUUUGGAUUCUCAGCCCAGCCCGAAUCCAGCUGGAUCAUCACAGGGGCAGAGGUUUUCCAGGUUUACCUUUCUGCCUCCACUUUCACUAACUUCAUGUAGACGCACGGGUGAAGCCAACAGCUUUCCGAGGCUGUCGCCACGCUCUGAUUAUGUUAGACUGCUGUGGAUUCUCAGGAGCACACUCGAGAUUUAAGGAGCAGUGCCCAGAGGGCCCUCCCCAGCAAUAGUCAAAACAACUAGUUUAUCCCCAAGAAUCCUGUCUUUAUAAGUGGUGCUGAUGAGACAGGUCCGCGGCAUACAAAUCAGCUCAUCAAGCAAGCGAGGAACUGGGAAAGCUAAUUUGAGUGCCGGCUGCUUAAAUCACAGGGAGGGCAUCGAAGCCGAGCACACUGCCGUCGUCCGUUCAGUUGCCUGCAACCUUAGAAAGAAAGGAUUUUUUUUCCUCCUGAGACUAUUACAAAGUCUGCAAUUGGUUUGACGUAUUCCUGUUGCCACCUGGAAGCCCAGCCCAUUCGUUUGGCUUCAGUGUAAACUCAAUAGAGAAAGUGCCUAUAAAGGGAUAUUCUUAGAAACAAUCCCAUGAUGCUAUUCCAACGCCAACAGCAGUGCAGGUCGGGUUUAUAUUUAUGGAACAUCUACAGAAGGGGAGAGACCUCUAUGCACCUACUCCCUCCCCAGCUGCUAAGCCCCAGGCAGGGCCUUUCGCGCAGGACAAUAAACACACACUAGAAUAUUCUUCAGGUUAAUAUGCAUCACAUUUGAAUGUUAAUUUUUCAAAAUUUUAUUUUUUCCUAUUUUUUGUUUUUGAGGCACACACACAGCACAUAAAAACAAUAGCACUAGGUACUGUGAGCCAAAUUUUUUACCGCACCAUGUGCGCAGGGAUGAGGUAUAGUCUCUGCCUUUCCUUCUCAUUUGAUAUUCUGGCUUCUCAGGGGGCUGAGCUGCUAGCUGAGGAUCUCCUUGGCACAUGAGGUCCCUUGGGACUUAAGAGACCUGGAUCUUCUGAAACCAAUAUGAAGGUGUAACCGACAGAAACCCUUGCUGGAGAGAGAAGAGGCAGUGACCUCGGAAUUUUCCAGGUCUUAUACCAAGAACAUCUGCUCCCCCACUCCAGGCAGCCUUACCCAGCCUCAUCCACAACUCUCCCCCAGGAGCUUUCCUCCCCUUCCUCUGAGAUGCUGGAACAAGACUGUGGUGUGAGGGGGUCAUAACAACGUGAAUGACCCCAUUUAAUAUCAGCAAUUAGAAAAUCCUUCCACUCCUACACGCCCUAGGCCUGCCAGACCCCAGUCCAGAAGCCAAGGUUGCAUGGAAACAAUGGUGUUGGUAUCUUGGAAAGUGAGGAAGAUCAGCAGACCCAAGUCCACGCUUGCAUCCCGGCGGCCUAGUCUCCACCCCAGCCAGGUCCUGAAGGAGUGCCGCGUGCUCACCCAGAGUGGCAAGGCCACCUGCCCUGAGCACUCAGGGUUUUUCUGCCACCCGUCACUGUUUCGUUUGCAGUAUCACUCUUCCCGCCGCAUCCUCCCACACCUGUGUGCUGUAAUGGUUUGGGAAGCCAGGACAAUGUCUCCUGUCCUGCUUGCUACAGAGACUCCCUGGAGCUCGCUGGCUCUCCAGCAUGUUCCUUUUUUUCUUUCUAGUGAUGGCCUAUGUUUUCUUCAGAAUAGAAUAGUAGCUCUGAAAAUAGCUUAAAGGGAAAGUAUCCACAGUGUGUGAGCACGAGUCACCGCCUGUGUGUGUGAGCACGAGUCACCGCCUGUGUGUGUGAGCACGAGUCACCGCCUGUGUGAGUGAGCACGAGUCGUGGGAUAGAAGUGGAUGUCAGAAGAAUGGAAACCUAACCUCUGCAGAGCAAUCUGCCUUUUUCUGCGAAACGCAUUCAGAAAGAUCUGAAGGCUGUGUCCAUGGUGGUACCCAGACUGUCAAUAAAAGAAUCCAAAGAGUGUUUGAGCUUGUCCUUGGAGAUAUCUCUUUAAUAAAUGUCGGAGAUGUGGGAGAGAAGGUGGGCCACAUUUCUGUUUCUUUGUGGUCUCGCAUACUGCCUGGAAGCAUCGCCCACUGGGGAUCGUGG